AUGGGGCGACGACCAGCAAGAUGUUAUCGAUAUUGUAAAAACAAACCAUAUCCAAAAUCCCGAUUUUGUCGUGGUGUACCAGAUCCAAAAAUUCGUAUAUUCGACUUGGGUAAAAAGAAGGCGAGAGUCGAAGAUUUUCCAUUAUGCGUACAUUUAGUGUCUGAUGAAUACGAACAACUUUCUUCUGAAGCAUUGGAAGCUGGUCGUAUUUGCUGCAACAAAUAUUUGGUUAAGAAUUGUGGCAAAGAUCAGUUUCAUAUUAGAAUGAGACUCCAUCCGUUUCACGUUAUUAGAAUAAACAAAAUGUUAUCGUGUGCUGGAGCCGAUAGGCUUCAAACGGGAAUGAGAGGAGCUUUUGGUAAACCUCAAGGAACUGUUGCUAGGGUUAAUAUUGGUCAACCAAUUAUGAGCGUGAGGUCUAGUGACAGAUAUAAGGCUGCCGUUGUCGAAGCUUUGAGAAGAGCUAAAUUUAAAUUUCCAGGACGUCAAAAGAUUUGCAUUUCUAAGAAAUGGGGUUUUACCAAAUAUGACAGAGAAAAAUUUGAAGAAAUGAAAGCAAGCGGGCGUUUAGCUCCUGAUGGUUGUAAUGUUCAAUACAGGCCAGAACAUGGGCCUUUAGCUAAUUGGAAAAAUGUCCAAAUGGAAUUAGCACAGGCAUCUUAA